UUUCAGAUUUUACAUGUUUUGGGUUCACCUUCGGAUGAAUUCAGCUUCAAGUUAAACAUGCUGUAUGGGGGUUCGUUUCACGAGGGAAUGCAGUCCCCAAAAUAUGAUUAUCAUUUUGUUUACGCCCUCGUGCGACCAGCUGGUUCCUGGUCAUUUGCGGAAAGACUUUCUGAUAUCGUGGAUUUGACAAAAUUGGAGGAAAGAGGAAACAGUCUCAAGAAGAUGGACAUCACUGCCGCCUUGCAGCACAUUAAACAUGUGAUACAACCAGAUAUGGCUCUACUCCAUUUUGUUUGUUUAAAAGGAAUGACAACUUACAGGUCAGAUCUCUUACUGAGGGGUUUGUUAGUUUCAAUUUAAUGUAGUUUGUCUCGUCUGGUUUUAAUGACUAACUCCGUGACUUUUGCGUCAUUUUGCGAGUUCUUAUAAAUUGUUUAUUCUCAUGUUUUGCACGGAACAAGUUAGUUUACGCGAAUUGAGUCGUUUGUUUCGCUACCAAACGUUAAAUUCUUGACGUCUGUUGAUGAUCUUACGCACUGUUCUAGUUACGCCUCUGUAAUAGGGCACACUCCGAUUCUUUUGAUAUUGCAAAAGUGAUCAGUAAAUAGAUCUCUUUCCAAAUGGCGCACAUGAUUUUCAUUCAUUGUUUGUAUACAAAUUAGCCUUCAUGGCCUUCCAUUUGAAAGAAAACUUCAUUACUUUUAGAAAUAUUGUAGAGAACAGAAAGGUACCCUUACAUGAAUCAAAGCGAAUAGUGACUGAAGCAGUUUCCUCCAUACAAUACAGAGAUCUCUUAUCUUUAAUACUGACAGAGGCUUUUCGUUUUCUUAUCCACAGGGCGCUCUUUGAUGCAUUGGAUAUUCCAUUAGUGGGUGGAUCAGUGGAAUCGCGAUAUCUUUCCAUGGACAAACUCAUUACACGUGGUGUUUUGGUCUCUUGCGGCGAUGUUUCAUGCCCUGAUGGAUUUAUUUACCACAAAGGUAGAAGCGACACUCUUGUAAGAGAAAACGAUAUUUUUAGAUCCCUUUUUGAACUCCUUACCAAGCUAACAAACAAACUACAUCAAAUUGAAACUAACAAACCCCUCAGUAAGAGAUCUAACCUUCAAGUUGUCAUUCCAAGCUUCUGUGCUCCGCUAUUUCCUACGAAUGAAAAGUAAACCAUUUGGCUAGCGAAAAAAUGUACACAAUACUGAGUUUAAGGUGUUAGAAAACGGACUUAUAGAAAAGAGAUCAGUUUCAAAUUGGACCCGACUCACACCUUACCAAGUCUUCCCUCUCUUGAUAGCACCACUGUGAAUUAAAAAAGUAACUGUAUCAAUUUGCAUCAAUUUUAUACUGUUUUACAAUGAGUCUACGAAGCUUUGUUGACGCUAGUAACUCACCACCGACAAAUAAAAAAUGAUUGGUAAUUUAAAUCGGAUUGACUUUGAGAAUUCUUUUGCUACAGGUGACCCUCUAGAGUCUGAACAAGUUAGGUAUCCAUGUGUUGUCAAAGCAAGUCUAGGAGAAGACACCAAAGCAGUGCGAUUAGUGAAAGACUCCAAAUUACUUAACGCAGCUAUUGAGCAUGCGUUAUCGUAUUCAGACCAUGUGAUCAUUGAAAGGUAGGUAUUGCCGUUGAGUAAGUGCUGAAGUCGAGGAAGCGCGUAGGAGUGAACAUGGUUUGGCUGUUUUGACCGUGAUGAUAUUGAUAAACCGAUAGGCCAAGUUGUUGUCAAGCUUAGAUAUGAAGGAAACUGUAAGUCGGAUCCAAAAUCGGAUGAAUCUGAUUUGUCGAUGAAAGCAUUUGUUUAAAUACAGGGAAACAUUCAAAGUACUUGUGUAAAUUUGACUGUAAGUGACUCAAAAUACGAGGAAACCUGUUUAUUCACAGCCGUUUUUCUUGAAAAAAGUUUGUGCAUCUCCUGAAAAAGCCUUAAAGCUUAAGUUUGUUAGCUCUUAGAUCAGAUGGUUCUCAAUGAGGUUUGAGACAUGCAUGAAUUAAAAGAAAGCAAUUUUAAUUGCUUGUCGAAAGUAAUCCGAGUUGACAUUAGUUUUUUUCUUCAGUAUGCUUUGUAAUUGGUAAACAUAAUCGUACUACCUUCUCGACCAAUCAAAUGGUAAAGCGAAAACCAAUCCCGACUUGGUCGUUCGCGUUUUCCUGUGAAAUUGGCUUGAAUUGUUAAAAAGAAACAACGGGUCAGUCUGAAGUACGAAGUAAGUUUUGGCGGGAUACUAAACAAGAGGCUGCAAAUCUUACUAGUGUACCAAGUAGGCUUUAGACUUUGAACAAGCUAUUUCGGAAUGCAGACUUGUGGGGCUUUCCUGUAACAUAGUAGAUUACUCUAUCAUAAUAAUUCGACCCCUCCUUUGUAUUCAUUGGAGUGGGACCACACGCCUUGCGUAGAGACUAUGUGUAAUUUUGCAGCCUUAUGACGUUUUACAAUUAAAAAAAUUAAUCCUAUUCAAUGAUUUUCUAUUUCGUUUCCUCCUUAAUUUUUUUUCGGCAGUUACAUAGAGGGACGGGAAAUUCGCUGCGCUGUUGUUGAAUCAGCAGCAAAUGGAGAAUUAAAAGCUCUGUCGUGCAUCGAGUAUAAAGUACGAGAAAAUGACAUUCGAAGAACUGAAGACAAACUCAGCUGCAAUGAAAAAGGAUUACCUGUUGGUAAGUACUGGAGAUAUACGUCUUUAAUUCCACCAACAACACCGGUAAUUAACAUAUGUGCUACGAAGCCACAUUUUCAGGGCGUCGUCAGGCUACUUGGGUUCCCUGCCCAUAAAUUUUUUGAAUCCCAAAUAGCGGAGGUCUUGUAUGCGUCACGUGAUCCCACAGCAACCGUACGUAUGCCGCCAUUUUGCAUACCAGGUAAAACAACAUGGCGGUCGUCGAAGGCGAUUGCGUGCAAUCUUUGCGAGGUUAUUACGAUUCCCUUAGUGCUGAGAAUAAAUAAAUGAAAAAAAAAGAAAAAAAAAACGGCGAGAGACUUAAAUGUUUUGCAGGAGUAGAUCCCUGCUCUACAAGUUAUGGCAAGCCAGUCGAGAAUUAUUUCUUCGAUUCGAAUUCUGACAGCUAGUUGAGAAUUUUUCUGAGUCGAAAAUCUUUUCAUCAAGUCGAGAAUACCCGAGUUGCCGCCAAAACGAUCAAACGAUAGGGCAGUUUGUAGAUCUGUUGGUUACGUAGCCUUUUUAUACAUCAUUGUCGUUCUUCAAGUUGCUGACGGUAAUGUGAAGGACUUGGAGAGGUUUCUGUUGUCUAUACAGGAUUGCAUUUCCCAUAUAGAACGACGCACAGCUCCAGGAAACGAGAGAAAAAUGGAAUGUAAACACGAUCGCUUGGAAGGCUUUGUUGAAAUAAUCGCAGCGUUUUCUUUAGUUCUCGCCAAUGUCCAAGGCUUUUUAGAGAUAAAAGUGCUGGUUGACGACCUUCCACACUUCUUGCGGGAGUUACUAAACCACAUCAGGCAUAAAAAUACUGCUUCUUUUCAAGUCAGUGCUGAGUUUCGUAGUGUACCUUACCGCGAAAGAAGUUCAUUAGGAAGACCAAAAUACAACAUUACAGCAGAACGAAUUGAUGUAUUUCGAAGCACUGGUAUGCAGUAGGCAAUUAUUGCAAAGUGUUCAGGUGUUAGUGCCAGGACUCUGUUCAGAAGAACAACAGAAUUUGGUAUUCUUGAAUACAGCGAGGUUAAUGAAGAGGAACUUGAUUGGAAUGUUAACCGGGUAAAGAACCAAUCAGAUUGCAAGAUUCGUUACCGUGCCCUCUAAAAAAACAAUAAUACCCAAUAUGUCAUGCCGUCAUUUGCCGCCAAAAUGAUCAAACAACAUGCCGGUUUGCAGAUCUGUUGCUUACGUAGCUUUUUUAUGGAUCGUUGUCGUUCUUCAAAUUGCUGACGGUCCUGUGGAGGACUUGGAGAGGUUUCUUUUGUCUAUACAGGAUUGUAUUUCUCAUAUAGAACGAUGCACAGCUCCCGGAAACGACAGAAAUAUGGAAUAUAUACACGAUAGCUUGGAAGGCUUUGUUGAAAUAGUUCAUCAUGUGCGUCAAGAAUGCCAGUAUUUUCCAUAAAAACGAAUAGAUCAAUGUAAAUGUUAACCUCUGCACAAAGCCUCUGUAUCCUUUGAUUGUGCGUGCUGCGUCCAGCUAUGAAGCCCCUUCUGAUCAAUCAUAAAUCGAGCAACAUUCACGUUUCCGCGCCCCUAUCACUUCUAACCCGUGAUGGAACUCCAAAUUCUUGUAUUCCAUCCGUGAAGCAUUGCAAUGCUGUACCCGCUACGUUGUUGGUGAAACACUUUAUGUAAACUAUUGCUCUACUAUACCCCUUAAUGCGACCGUGCAAAACAAACCUCCAGUGGAUUAACUUGCGAUUUGAUUUGCGAUUCUGAAGGAAUGAUCUUCAAGAUGACGUGAAGUUUUCUUUGGGCAAAUGUUUUCUUGCGACCCAGGAAACUCUUCUAAGUAGCGCACGGAAGACAUAAAAUCACGCAAUAUGUUGAUUGCGUGACCAAAGAGUUAAGGAGCAUUCCUGCCUUCGAAAUGACUUCGGAUUGAACAGUAGAACUUUUUUAGAAACAAAUGACAUAGCCAUAACCAGUUUUGUCAAAUUACAUUGCCCUUUAUCAUUUGAAGUUUGUUUCUACAGAGAUGUUCCGCCAUCGUUCUGUCUAGUAAGAUUAUGCACCAGUGCCAGUAACGGAUACGAUUAAAAACUUUGCUGUUCUCUUGCAUACGAAUCUUAAGUUUCUGCCCAUUGUUUAAUUUUCGCUAUGUGCUUACCCAUGCCUUUUAACUAGCACUCGAUAAAAACCAACAGAGUUUUCAAAGGGAGGUUUUUGCAAGAAUUAAGUGGACUAAGUGAGGGCUUGCAUGACCCAAUUAGCAUAAUUGCAGUUAUGGUCGCUCGACGGUCAUUUUCUAAAAUAAGCACAAUUACGUAAAAAAGGAAAAAGCAAGUCUAAAUAUCCAUUUGGCUCUGAUUUUGCCUUUUUUUAACCCAAGCUGAUUUUUUCUGCUGGAGUGAAAACACUUUUUAAUUACCGCAAUGUGUGUUCGCUUUGUGACGUAUAGGCAAGACAAUUAAAUUUACAAAACUUAAUUAACCGCGAAAGAGUCAAUAUCGCCUGUCUUAACUGUCACUGCUCUUAACAGCAAAUAACCUUUUCGGCGCUUCUAACAAAUUUCAGCAAUUUAAGAAACUCAGAGCAGUCAAAUAGCUGCUCGCCGUUUUCGUCUUUCUCAGACCUCAUUAAUCUUGAGACACUUGCAGCAUCUGCCUUUUGUCCCGUUUGUUCUCCAGUCUCAAACUUGGCUAUCAAGUAGUCCUUUUGCUUAUCAGUGAAACGGGAUUGCGAGGACGACUCUCCUUUAGGGCCUAUCCCAUUUCAAGAAAAGCUACAGACGAUGACGGGUGGAUUCCGUGUCCAGCAGUUGCGGCACAGCACUCGGUCCCUUCUCCAGUCUAGAGGCAUACCCUAGCACGGCGCGGUCAUAAAGAGUUUCAUAUUCAAGAACAUAUUUAUGUCUCCCACAUUCGAGAUGCUUCUGUAAUGACGAAUGGCGUUGAUAGGACUUAAUGCAACCCUCUUCCGAGCAGAAAAAAAUAUUUUUAGUUGUGGAAUCGCGCGAUUCUUCACUUGAAUCAUCGGUACCUUCAUCAGUGCUGUCUUGGUGCUUUUGAGAUGUUUUAGCAAACUCAGCUCGUCUCGGCUUGAUAGGAACAAAAUUAGCUUUUAUGUUUUCGCUUGCUGCACUGCAUUCCAGCGUUGGAACUUCGUCCUGGUCAGGAACAUGAAACUUGCUCCAAGGAAUGAAUUUGCCUCUUCCAAUUUUGUAGCCGUAUCUCCAUACUCUCACACCUUCCUCGCCAUACUGAACGUUGUUGACAAAGCUCACAACAUCCUAUUUCACUGGCUUUUUGAUGGAAGACAAAGGAGGCCUGUACAACACUGCUUUUAAUCCAGGGACACCUCCAAAUGAUUCUACUGCCUCCUGCAUUUGAGAUACCGACUCUAUAUCGUGGCCUGAAUUCAAAUGGAUAGCCAUAUGGGAUUUGAUCUUUGCAGCUUUCCGAUCGCAAGAUCCCUUCCCUCCUUGGGGAUCUCUGCUACUUUGCUGGCUGUAACCAGGGUUAAAGCGCAGUGGUAAUACCCGGCGUUGUCUUGUCUAAGGUAAAUGGAUUGUAAAUGAGGCAUGACAUCCUUCAGUCGACGAAAGACGUCGUUAAGUAUGGCAAGAACUGCAGAACUGUCCUGGUUACACGUCUCAAAUAAGUGUACAAAUGUCAUCAUCUCAAUCUUGCCAUCAUUUCCCUUUCUCGUCGCAACCGUGAUAUGCCAUGGCAGAUCUCUCUUACCAAACCAGUCUGUUUGUCUCUCCCUAAAUUUCUUUGGUAGAUAUUUCAUUGCCCGGUCUAAGACCAGUAAGGCAGAAGUUUCAUCCAGCUCAUCGAUGAGGUCUGGUCUGGACUCGUCCUGGUUUGUUGAACGCAGUAAAUGCGCUUUCCAGGAAUUUAUGCUUUGUUUGGACUGUAUCUCACAAAGGCCAAAUCCUCUUUCGUAUCGGUUGUGCCUCCCACUUCCUGUACAGCUCUCUCGACUUCUAGAGAGAUCAGGGCUGACAUCCCUACAAUCAUUUGGAAUUCUGAAGGUAUUCUGGCUCCUUCGCCGAGCUCAGAACGGUGGAAAGGACAGAUUGUUAAGGCGUUUAUAUCCUUUGCACUCAUGUAAAAAGUACCUGCUCGGGCAAGGUUAAGUUCACUCUCGUUCUUAACUCCGGCAAAACACCAAGCACUUUUAUGACCCUGUACAUCCUUAUUGCACGACACCAAGGGGACCACCUCAAAUAAUUUACUCCUGUCUUGUCGGUCGUACGAGCAAGCACUUCCAACCAUAAACUUGAAUGAGCUAGAAGCUUCCAUUUCAUUCAUAAGCGAGACCUUCGAUUCAAAGGGGGGCGGGAAAUAAUUCUUUUUAUUGUUUUUUUAGAGGGCACGGUAACGAAUCUUGCAAUCUGAUUGGUUCUUUACCCGGUCAGUAUUUUCCUAUCUCUGCCCACGGGCCACGGUAACGCUUUCGUGAGUCGCCGAGUACAUCCCAACUUUCGUCGUCAUUUUUCAUAAACAUACCUCGUUUUCCGGCUGGGCAGUAUUUUUAAGCACACACGUCGGUCACUACCUCAAGCCGAUAAAUAACUUAUGAAUCCUCUCUUUUCUCUCUAUCAAAUCACUUUGGUUGACAGAAAAAUAUUGGUUUCAGAAUGAAUUUGUAUAAACAAUAGUGUCAUUACGUUGGUUGACAAGCGGCCUAAAACCGUCUGCAAUUAAUUUUAAUCGUUCACAAAAAAAGUACCCAGAAAGUUGAAACGUGAGGUAUUUGGUUACAGUUAAACUGAACGAUGGAACUUUCAUUCAUUUAAUAUCUGAAUUUUCUCGAGCAAUUUGUUCAUAGUUAAAGAGCGAGCGAAGUUUUAAUUUAAGUUCUACAACAAAUAUACGCUCCUGGUGAGUCUUUCCAAUUCCGUUCAAUUUGGACAUUUGUACCUUAAAUUGCACAACAGAAAUUGAAGGAAUUUUUUGAGAAAAGGCCGCAUUAUAUUCCCUUGUAUCUCGUUGGAGUGUGCCGUUCGAAUUUAGUUUUUGUGAAGGAAAGAUCAGAGUUAAACACGCCAUUACAGCAAAAAAACGAGCAAACUCUCACAACUUCAAAAUAAAAAAAUUGAAUUUACUCACAAUUACUUUCCUCGCCGUUUACUUAAUGAACAGAGGUAAAUCUUCUUACAUGAAUGAAUGGUCGAUGAGAGUGAAUAAUACUUUCCGUUAGAUCAUUAACUGAUUUUGAAGAAAACAUUGUCGUGACAGUCCUUGCCAAACUAGUUCUGUUGGUUUUCAAAUGUUCCUACGCUUAUUUUUUUUUUUUUUGCGCGCUCUCUAAUUGACAGGUGUCAGAUUGUGACAGAUACUUGUAAAAAUAAUGUUUCAAAGUUUGUUUGGAAGCCUUUUAAAUCACCUUUAUCGGAAAUGAAAAUGUUUCGCUGAGGCAUCUCUCUUAAAUUUGCAUCACCUCUAUUUUAACUACCAUUCACUCACUCAAAAAUUGUUCAGUUUAUGAAAGAUCUUGCCGUAUUUACGGCCAUAAAUCAUUCGGGUUCUUUCGGAAAGAAUUUCGUCAAGUUUAAAAACAAUAAAUAUGUUAUUUACCGGCUAAGGUCGGUCUUGAAAAUAUUGCCCGAGGCCGUAGGCAGUACGGCCUCGGGCAGUAUUUUCAAGACCUCGGUCACAGUUUUUCACCAUACGGACCUCCCAGCCGGCAAAUAACAAAUAAGUUUUGUUAAUUCAAUUAAUUGUCUCGCUUUUAAAUAGAAAAGUCAACAAACAUCAUAGUUUUACUCACGCAGAAAAAAAAUAACACGAGUACAAAUUUAGGAAAGCUCAGAGCUAAAUGGAUAUCUAGAGACAUUAUUUCUUUUCCUCGUAUUUGUGCCUAUUCAAAUGACGUCGACCGACUCCACUCGUAGGUUCAAAUUAUUCUGUCACACGAGCACGACGACUCGUACCGCAAUUAUGCAAAUUAGGUCAUGCAGGCCCUCACUUAACUCCUGCAAGGGCCUCUGUAAAGUAACAUUUUGUGGAUUUUCGUUUUACAUAGGCUAGUUAAAAGGCACGGGUUAGCAAGUCAAACAAGGGGCAGAAACUUAAGAUUCGUAUGCGAGAGAACAGCAAAGUUUUUUAAUCGUAUACCGUUGCUGGCACUAGUGCAUAAUCAUACUAGACAGAACGAUGGCAGAAUAUCUCUGCAGAAACAAACUUCAAAUGAUAAUAGACAAAUUGAUUUAACAAAACUGGGUAUAAAUUUGUUAUUUGUUUCUGAAAACGUUCUCCUGUACGAUUUUGAGUCAUUUCAAAUGCAGGAAUGCUCCUUAACUCUUUGGUCACGCAAUCGACAUAUGGCGUGAUUUUGUGCCUUCGGUGUGCUACUUUGAAGAGUUUUCUGCGUCGCGAGAAAACAUUUGCCCAAAGAAAACUUUACGUCAUCUUGAAGAUCAUUCCUUCAGAAAUUUACAUGGGUAAGCACAUAGAGAAAGUUAAACAAUGGGCAGAAACUUAAGAUUCGUAUGCAAGAGAACAGCAAAGUUUUUAAUCGUGUCCGUUACUGGCACUGGUGCAUAAUCGUACCAGACAGAACGAUGGCGGAACAUCUCUGUAGAAACAAACUUCAAAUGAUAAAGGGCAACGUAAUUUGACAAAACUGGUUAUGGCUAUGUCAUUUGUUUCUGAAAAAGUUCUACUGUUCAAUCCGAAGUCAUUUCGAAGGCAGGAAUGCUCCUUAACUCUUUGGUCACGCAAUCAACAUAUUGCGUGAUUUUAUGUCUUCCGUGCGCUACUUAGAAGAGUUUCCUGCGUCGCAAGAAAACAUUUGCCCAAUGAAAACUUUACGUCAUCUUGAAGACCAUUCCUUCAGAAAUUUACAUACGUAAUUUUGUGGAAUUCUGAAUAAUGGCACAUGGUGAACAAAGAGGUUUUCUUCACCGACAUUUUUUUUGUAACGGAAGGGAGCGCAUUGUUUUUUACAUGGCUAAAAGCUUCUAAGCAACCAAUUCCUACACAACUUACAUUAUACAGAAGAAAAAGAGUCUAUGAAAGAGCUCACGUUGGUUAGAUUUCCCAAGACGUGAUAUCUUUGAAAUGCGAAGCGAGCGAAAGUGUUCAAUUUUCGACCUGUUAUGACCCGAUCCAUCGAUUCCAGAGGGUGAAAGCGAAAAGUUCGUUUUUCUCGAAAAUAACAACAUAUUUGAGGGGAAAAAUACACAGCCUUUAUUGUCUUACUAGGGUAUACUUGUGUGCAAAAAUUGAGACAAUUUGAGUUUUUGACUCUUGCCAUAAAAAUUUCAUUUUUGUUUGAUUUUUGCACGGAUGUCCUCUUAACAAUUUGCUUGAUUCUAUGUUUGUUUUCAUUCUAGGCAAAUCUCCUGAAAAUAAACCAUGGUUCCUUAAUCCCAGAAAAGAGGAGAAGCUGAUUCAUCGUAUUCAACAACAAAGUUGCCGAGCUUUUCGAGAGUUGGGUUUACACGAUUUUGGUUUAUUCGACUUCCGAGUAGACGUUGAAGGAAAUCCAUUCCUCCUAGAAUGCAAUUUAUUCUGUUCCUUUGGUCCACAGAGCGUUGUCAAUAUAGUUGCCAAGGAUUCAGGUUUUACAGAUGAAAGUUUGUUUGACAUGAUGGUGGAGAAUACUUUGCUGCGCAAGCGUCAACAAGAGAAUAACAAUUUUAAUGUGUGA